AUGGAUGCCGAUAGACCUGUCCCCAGAGUGUCUCAGUAUAAUCAUCUGAAGCUAUCUGACGACGAGCUUAGAUAUUGUGUGGACAAAGUUCAGUCCGUAUUUAAUAUACCCGAGGAUGAAAUUCAAAUUGAGAAAAAGAGUGUAUCAGGAGGAAGUUUUGGGGAUGUCUCAUUCGGCACAUACCGUGGAAAAAAUGUGGUGAAAAAGGACUUUAAAUUUUUCACUACGAAGAAUGAGCGCAAGUACAACUACCGCGAAACGUACACACUUGCCACCUGCAAUCACCAAAACAUCGUCAAGUUCAUUGGUGCCGGUCCUAACACGCGAAUAGCUGACGUUCGCUAUGUUGUCAUUGAGCGGGCGACAAACGCCUCCCUGGCAGAGCUCAUUGAAUCAGGUUCUGCAUACUCCAUUUGGCACGUGAUGCUCUGGAACUUGCAUCUCGCAGAUGGGUUGGCGUAUCUUCACUCUCGUCCUGAGCCAAUCAUCCAUCGGGACCUGAAACCCGCCAACAUGCUCCUCUUCGAUGGGUGCACCACCCUCAAGAUAAGCGACUUUGGUACCUCAAAGAUUAUUGAGACGGGCAAGGAGGACUUUCAGUCGCUAAAUCAGGGCUCGCGUAUCUAUAUGGCACCAGAGGUACAACAGCGCCGUGUUGGUGAAAGUUAUGCCCAAUAUACGGAGAAGGUGGAUAUAUACAGUAUGGCGGUUUCACUCUGGGAGAUGUUGACACGAAGAUUGGAGCAAAAUGUGAAUCCUCACUGCAUGAAGAUCCGUUCAUGUCCACCCUUUCUGGAAUGCCUAUUUGCUCGUGGAAUGGCAGAGGAUCCCGCUCAGCGACCAACAGCCUUACAAUUGGUUCGAUUGCUAGAUUUCAUUAUGCGUAAAGUCUGCAUGAUGAACACCUCCCAGCUAUACAUUGAUUUUGAGAGCGUUGGGAUUCCUAGUGUCUAUCAACAGGCUCCCACACAAUUUGUCGACACGAAUACCAUAAAACAGCAGGGCUCAUCAUAUUGUAGUCUGUUUGAAGAAAUGAUGACCGUGCGAGUUUCUGACCCCAGGUCAAAAGUUAUCUCUGAGAGGAGAACACCUGGCGAUGGUCAGGAGUCUCAACGUUAUGUCACCACUGACGCGGACAGGGCUGGGGGCUACUGGCAUGACUCGGAGGCGAGGCAGCUCGGCGGAGGUGCAGUGUCGGAACCCCUAAGUGGAGACAGUUUUCCGCUUGAACGUCACUGCUACCAAUUGCACGCAGAUGUAGGCAGGUGGGCGGAGUUGGGUCGUCGUACCGAAACAGGAGACACUGAAUGGCCAGCGGUUAAUUUCGGUCCGGUUUACCCUGCUGGUGGUUCAAAGCCAGAGAUGGAGUUGUACCGUAAACAUAUUGAGCUGGCGAGGAAGUAUGUCAGACUUGGCGAGGAGAUAAAACGCUUGAAUAAGCUGUGGGACGAUAGAGUGACGCGAAUUGUCUCGGAGAAGGGCAUUAACCCCAAGCAGGUUGACAAGUGGAAGGAACGCAUCAGGGAGUACUGCGACCUCUACGUCAUUUUGGCCAUGACUUGUGAUGAGUCUGCUGUUAUCGAUACUAGUGGCUUAUUUGUUAACAUUUGCUCUCCUACUGUGGAAUGA